AUUUAAAUAUACAAUAAAAGACAGCGAAACUCACGUUUACUACUUAUAAUGUAUUACACAAGCAAAAUCUUUUACAUUUCGCAGGCAUGUCAGUGGUAGAGUCUGUUACGGUAGUUUAGUAAAUCCAUGAAGAUAAACAUGAGAACUUUCUGUGAUUUAGCCGUUUUAUUGAGCUGUAUCAUGUGGAACAUUAGAACCAUCGACGGCCAGUGUACCGCCGGGACCACAACUGGUAAAAACCCUAUUGUUGACAACACAGAAAAUGCAUUAACUGCGACAACAUUUCUGCUUCAAACCACUGACAAUGACUAUAAAAUCUCCUGCUGUGGUUUCGUGACACAAUGGGAUAUCGAUAUCGCUACCACUGGAACCCUGUAUGCUGAAGUAUGGCGAAGCGUGACCGGAACUUGGACUUUGGUUGGUGUAAACACAAUAACUGUUGUCGCCGGAGAGGAAAACGCAGUUAAAACUGAAGCUAUUGCAGCGGCACAACAAAUUGCUGUACAGGACGGAGAUUAUAUAGGAUUCAAGUCUUCCGGGAAUACCAUAGUUGCAUAUGAUAAAACAAAUAAUGGAGUAGGGACUAGUAAUGAGCAAGUACAGGUUUCCACAGCAGCCGGACACACGGUAUCUACUACGGCAACGUUUACUACCUACACCACAGAAAGGAACAUCGAGUUUGGACUUAAAGCUACUCUAGGCCCCGGGUCAGUUCCAACAUUUGCUGCUGGCCUGGACACCACCAAAGCGGUGACUGACGACACGACAGUAGGAACCACGCUCCUCACAGUGGUAGCCACAGACCCUGGGGAUACACUCACUCUCUCACUCCAGUCCACCACCCCAGCGAAUGCCGCCGUCAGCUUUGACCCCACAACAGGUGUCCUUUCCACUGUUUCUCAGCUACCCGUUGGAACCACAACGUUUGUUUUUAGAGCCACUGAUUUGUGUGGAAAUUUUGUAGAGCACACCUUUACUCUCACUGUUACAAACUUUCCUCCAGUGAUAAACAACCUACCAGCCUCAGUAGAAGUCAGCGAGGAUGUGAGCGUGGAGACACAGCUAAUUGUUCUCGACGUUACUGACGCCUCAUUGGACGACACGGUCACGUGUACCAUUCCUAAUGUCACGCCUACUCUGACAGCGUUAUAUAUAAGAUACGCAGCAGGAACAUCGAAUUACGCUAUCAGUUUACGGGCGGGCGCUGGACUGGACUACGAUACCGAAAAAACGUAUACUGCCGAUGUAAGCUGUACUGACACCAAGGACACGACCACUGGGACCUUCACCAUUUAUGUUCUCCGUAACCAGCCACCUGUCAUCACAAACCUGCCAUCAACAGCCAACUCUGUAGACAUAGCAUCCUCGGGAACCUCCAUUGGUACAACAGUGUUUACUGUGACGUCAACAGAUCAGGAAAACGACCAGCUGUUCUACAACAUGACGUGUACUCCUGUCACGUGUCCAUUUAAGAUCUAUGAUUCCGGGGCCAUUCUGGUGGACAAAACCCUGUCAGGACUCAAUGACACAGCGUACGACAUGUACAUCUACGUUUAUGAUGGGCAUACAUUGGUAGGACCACGAAGCUUGACCGUCAAAAUCACAGAUGUAAACACUCCACCGGUGGUGACCAACCUGCCGACAACAGUGUCUGUUCCUGAAAAUACAGCAGCCUCCACCACUAUCUUCACGGUGACCAAAUCUGACGUCAAUUCUCUGGACACGCACACGUGGACGUCCACCAUCUCUCCGACCAGUGGAGAUCCUUAUUUCACCAUCGACUCCAGCACCGGUGCCAUUAAGACAACGUCCACAAAUAUUGACUUCGAGACAAUAGGAACAACGACAUUCUUAUUGACUGCCUAUGUUUCUGAUGGUCAAGCCUCGGCCAGUGGAACCGUCACAAUAUCCAUCACCAACCAAAACGAGGCUCCAACGUUUCUCUUGUCCACUUACACUAUUACAGGGAAUGAAGGUUCGGCAGGAUCUUCUAUUGGUACUCCACCUUUUUCUGUGAGUGACCCCGAUGCAGGGGCUACCCAGACGUACUCUCAAAAUUGUCCACAACUCACUAUGGAUCCUACAACGAAACUGGUGACAUUAAGCACCGAAUAUGAUGUCGACACCGGGAACCCUACGUCAUUAACGUGCACAGUGACGGUAUAUGAUGGUGAACUGACAGACACGGCUAUCCUAAACGUCAACAUCGACAACAUUAACGAUAACACUCCCACAUUUACCGCUAGUUCCUACUCGUUCUAUGCCUUCUCCACAGCUGACGUCGGUACGAUCAUCGCCAGUCUUCCCGCCACGGAUGGGGACAUUGGCACGUUUGGUGACAUUACCUACACAAUAGACCAGACAUCAACAGGCGGUAACUACUUUGGAAUUUCUAACACCGGCGACCUUUUAAUAACCUCCAGUCUGGGGGGAUUCUCGUCAGGAACGACCUUGGCGGUCACCAUUACUGCUACAGAUGGUGGUGGUCUCACAGAUUCAGCCACAAUAACACUGGUGAUUCCAGCUGCCACAACUACCACCGUGUCUACCACCACUGACCGCUAUAUGACCUUCUUUGAGGACACGCGAAACGUGGCCUGGUUUGUGACGUGUAUGGUGCUUUUGUUUGGUCUGUUAUUAUUUAUUACAUAUCUCGUUGUCAGGUUUACAGAUUUUCAGAGCAUCAAGAGGUCGUGUGAAAAGAUGUGCCGAAGGAAGAGGAAAUGGAAACCUAGAAAAAGACGAAUUGUCUCCAGAGAACCGUCUCCAGUUGAAUAUAUUCGAACUCCAGCAACUUUCGAGACAUGGAAUGCAUGGAGAAUACCGGAUACAUUUAAUCCUAACUAAAUACCGGGAUAAUGGAAAAACAUUACAUGUGGAGCAUUCGAUCUUCUGGAAAAGAAUUCAUGAAUUUUUGUGGGUUGAACAAGGGAGAUAGAUGGAGAUACAUGUAAUUGAUUUUUUGUGUGGCUGUCUUUCCAAUUCUUUUUCCUUCAGUUUUUUUUUUACUUUGGGCGUGGCAUUUCAUUAUCAUAAAAAAGAUAGCAUCUGUUAUCGUACAAUGUAUCAUCCUAUUUACAUGUAAGUUAUUGUCAUAGCAACAUAAUAAUCUUUAAAAUGUACCAACAUCAGGGAACAGUCUAAGGGCCUUUAAUCUCUCAACUUCAAAACAUGAUUUUUAAAGCCAAUGACCAUAAGUCAAUACCAUGCACUUUGGCUUCUUCCUUCGUAAGGUAUCGCCUACCUCUGUCUAACCAUCCAGUUCCACAUGUCUGUGCAUGCAUAAACCUGCUGACCAUCAGGAAAUCCCGUGUUAUUGAUGUGGUGUCAUAAUACUAUCAUCCCUCGUUUCAUUCUGACCUUAUUCUGAAAUAUAGAAACAAAUACUUUUUAUUAUAUAAAGUAUGAUAGUCAUGUGAUCAAAGCUUAUACAAUUCGAAGGCCUUUUCAGUGGGUUCUAUCACCUACAUGUACCGCCCCACUUCAUAGCUUCGUAAAGGUGAUAAUUCAUUGUGAAUGCUAUUGAGACACACGGGUAAUUUUAAAAUACGACACUAAGCACCCUCUGUACACCGUGACGAAGUGGUGAACUGUAUGACACUAAACACCCCCUGUACACCGUGACGAAGUAGUGAACUGUAUGACACUAAACAUCCCCUGUGCACCGUGACGAAGUGGUGAACUGUAUGACACUAAACACCCCCUGUACACCGUGACGAAGUGGUGAACUGUAUGACAUUGAAUACCCCCUGUACACCGUGACGAAGUAGUGAACUGUAUGACACUAAACACCCCCUGUACACCGUGACGAAGUGGUGAACUGUAUGACACUAAACACCCCCUGUACACCGUGACGAAGUAGUGAACUGUAUUACAUUAAACACCCCCUGUAUACCGUGACGAAGUAGUGAACUGUAUGACAUUAAACACCCCCUGUACACCAUGACGAAGUAGUGAACUGUAUGACACUGAACACCCCCUGUACACCGUGACGAAGUGGUGAACUAUAUGACACUAAACACCCCCUGUACACCGUGACGAAGUGGUGAACUGUAUGACACUGAACACCCCCUGUACACCGUGACGAAGUGGUGAACUAUAUGACACUAAACAUCCCCUGUACACUGUGACGAAGUGGUGAACUGUAUGACACUGAACACCCCCUGUACACCGUGACGAAGUGGUGAACUGUAUGACACUGAACACCCCCUGUACACCGUGACGAAGUGGUGAACUGUAUGACACUGAACACCCCCUGUACACCGUGACGAAGUGGUGAACUAUAUGACACUAAACAUCCCCUGUGCACCGUGACGAAGUGGUGAACUGUAUGACACUGAACACCCCCUGUACACCGUGACGAAGUGGUGUUUUUUCUGUCGUCAUGUUUGUGAAAGAGAGUGUUCGUCUCGAACUGUGUAUUUGAGAUGAGCGGGUGGAACGAAAUAGAAAGAGAGGCUCAAUCAAAGCCAUAUCAAACCAACUUGUGUUUCGCAACGAAGCCUAACGUGGUGACAUAGAUUUGAUACUAGAAUCGCAAAUAUAGUGAGCUAGAAUUCCAUGAUAAGCCAUUGAUAAAUUCUUGAUGCACCUUGAUUGUACAUAUAUAUUUGUAUCUGAUCAAUGCCCCUACUUCGAAUCGUUAUCUAAAGGUAUGAUCUUUGACCUCUCAAAAACGUCAUUGGAAAGUUAUCUUUUGUUUUGGUAUGCUUAUAUACCAAAGAAAUCCCACAAAUACAUUCACUCUGUAUUGUUACCAUUCUUUCGUUUUCUUUUCACAUUUAUCUGUAUCAUGUUCCUAUGUAUUAUUUAUUGUUAUUUAUCUAUUUAUUUAAAAAGUUGCAAUAUUUAUUGUCUGCAUUCAUUAAAACCUGAUAUUGAAAUAUUCCUACUGUUAUUGGGUCCUACUAGAUGAGGAACAAUUACUCUGUAAAGAGGACUUUUUAGAAUGAAAUAUUUGAUAAAUCAUUUUCUUUCACAUUCAAAUAAAUGGUUUCCAUUGAUUUACUGAAAUUUGCAUGUUUUGUGUAAUAAUUUCAAUAAUAUUAUUUAUCCAAAUGUCUUUAAAAAAGGUGUUUACAUCUCCGAAUCUUUAUUUACAUAUUCAUUGUUGCAGUUUAAAAGAAAAAAAGUUGAA